GGCCGGGGCUCUCGGCCAGUCCACCACGUCCCAGGGGCAUCCGGGCUGCUCCCAGGAGGCCAGGCGGCCUCACUCGCUCGCGGGCCUUGCAGCCAGGGGGUCCACGGUGUGACAUGAGGGCCCAGUGGUGGCCGGGAGCCACGCUGCUCCUCCUGACCACGAGGUGCGUCCUCGGGGAGCUCCGCCUGCCGGGCACGGUGGUGCCGCGCUGGUACCGUCUGGAGCUGCUACCCCGCGCCGCCGAGGGUACCUUCGCCGGCCGGCUGAGGGUCAACGUGACCUGCCGCGCCGACACCGACACCGUGGUGCUCCACGCCGACCCGGCGCUGCGGGUCACGGCCGACGACAUCACCGUCUGCCACCCGUCUACCCGGGCCUCCUGGUCGGAGCCGGUGUCCGUGGUGGACGUGCAGAGGAACUCGGAGCGGCAGCUGAUCAUCCUCCUCCUCUCCCGGCGGCUCAACAGGCACAGCAGCUACAGCAUCCACCUGCAGUUCGAGGGGCGCAUGGGCGGCGAGGGGGAACACGGGCUCAUCCGCACCAAGUACUUCGAUCGGGAAACCAACAACACCGAGUGGUAUGUCGUGACGAGCUUGAGGCCGGAGGACGCCCGCAAGGUGUUCCCGUGCUUCGACGAGGCUGAGUACAAGGCCACGUUCGAGGUGAGCGUCGGGACUCCCUCGCACCAGCACGUCUUCAGCAACACGCCACUCGCUGACAUCGAGAACGUCGAUGGUCUGCCGGGCUGGUACUGGAAACACUUCCCUGUGACACCCCUCAUGUCCACCUACUCCGCCGGCAUAGUGGUCCUGGAGUUCGAACAUUUCAGCCAGCCAGAAGGGUCUUUCCACAUCGUGGGACCUACAUCCAUCGAGAGCAGCAUCGAGAACACUAUAAAGUACCUGCAAGAUGUUUACGAAUAUCUGCAAGACUACUUUGACUUCCCGUACCCCCUGCAGAAGCUGGACAUAGUGUUCGUGCCUGGAGUGUACCGAGGGUCUGCGAGCUGGGGGCUCGUCGUGCUGGGGGAGGACUGUGUGACCUCUGCGGACCGCCGGGGACUGGCCAGCAAGAUGGCGGCGCAGUGGGUGGGGCACCUGGCCACGCCCCGGGGGCGGAACGACUGGCCCGCCUGCGCUGGACUCGCCCUGUUCCUGGGACACCAGUUCCGGACCGAGUUUAAAUAUGCGGACGAAUUGGAUGAAACCAGCUUCAACUACGGAUAUGGGCAAGAGAUAUUUCAACAAGUGCGUCAGUCCGAGGCAGAGAAAAUGAGGAACAAAGUGUUCUGGCUCCUGCACAUGCUCCAGCACAGCCUGACGGAGAAGACCCUGCGGACCGGCUUGCACGAGCUGCUAGUGGCGAGGCAGUUCCAGGUGUUCUCCACCAAGGUCCUGUGGUCGUCGCUGACUCAGCAGGCGAGGAGAGAUGCCACCUUGCCACAGGAUGUGACGGUGGAGGAUGUAUCCUCGUCCUGGCUAGGCAAGGACCUCUUCCCUGUGCUGAAUGUGGUCAGAGACUACGCCCGUGGGACGGUCACCGUCACACAGCAUGUCCUCGGAUGCAAGGAGUCUCGCUGCGCCUCUGAUGGAGGAGACAGCCUCUGGUACAUUCCUGUCUCGUUCCUCGCCCCAGGAGACAGCGACGUCUCCACCGCCGGGGCGCGCCACUGGCUGAGGAGACAGAGGGAGAUGACCGUGGACGAACAGCUGCGUCCUGAACAGUUCCUGGUGGCGGAUCCCUCUGGAACAGGUAUGUUCAUGGUUAACUACGACCCCACCAACUGGGCCCUGCUGGCGGAAGCCCUCCACAGGAAGGUGCUGCCAGUGGCCGUGAGGACCAAACUGCUGCGAGACUCUUGGAACCUGGCGUUCGCCGGCGAACUCAACUUCAACACCGCCAUGAACAUGACCUUGUUCCUCGAGGACGAGACUGAGCAUGAUGUGUGGGACGUCAUGUUCAGUAUGUUCCACCACAUCGACCGAUUACUUGACGGAUCCAGAGCAGGCGACAAGCUCAAGUGGUACGUGUCAGGUCUGGCGGCCAGGCCUGGUACACGGUCUGGCCUUCUGAACUGCAUGGGGCAUGGCGGUCCCGAGGAAACACAACCAGAUGACUGGGCCAGAAGAGGGAAGGUGCCAUCUGGGCUUCAAGCUGAUACAAUGUGCAACAUCUUAAUUACAUCAGACUUGGCAGAAUUCCAAAGAGCCCUCAUGAAGAUAUUUAUGCAACUGAGGAGUUCUGGAUCGAAAUUCCAUGAAAGUGUUGUAAGCUGUUUUCCGGUUGUAUUAACGACAAAGAAAAAAUUACCAGUUAUGAAGGGAAACCAGACCUGUGGCGGGACAUUGUGCGAUCAGUGACGUCAUCUUUCACUUCUGAAGAAGGACUGGAAAUGGUGUUGCAGUUCUACCGGCGCCACCAGAGCCGGACAGUGGAGCUGGAGCUGAGGGCCAGCCUGGACAGGAUAGCCUCCAACAUCCGCUGGAUCAAGAAGAACGCCCCUGUCAUAGAACACUGGCUGAACCGCUACUUCUACGCGCAGGAGCUGAAACAGAGGAAGCUGUAGUCUUCACUGCCUUUGCGCUGUAUUAGCUACACACGCAAUAAAUAAA